CUCUCACCAGAAAGUGCUUUCUUUUUUUUUUAGAGUAAAAUCUUUUGAUCUUAUUUAUUUUUUAUAUUUAUUUAAGUUGUUGUGCCAAAUCGUGUUUAUUUUAAUUGCACAAAAAAGAAAGUUUGCAAAUUGUCCAAGAUUUUAUGAAAGAAAUUGUUGUCUUUUUUUUACAAUUUUCACAACUUUAACUUAGUUAAAAAAAAAAACAAUAUUUCACUAAGAAGUAUAAUUUAUUAUAAUUGUGUAAAAUGUUUGUUAGACGAAGAAUAAUCGCUAUAAAUAAUAAUAGCAUAGCCGAUAGUGGUGAUUUUGAAAGAAAUCUUACUUGUCAACAAAACAAUGACAACAACUCUGAGAUGUGCUUACAAGUGGCUACAAAUGUGACCGAACAAAAACACCACGUCACACGUGAAGUUCGCGGCAAACACUUGGGUUUCUGCCGAGGCUUCCGUGGAUGUACUGUGUGGUUGACUGGACUCAGUGGAGCUGGUAAAACAUCAAUUGCGUUCGAACUCGAAGCAUACCUUGUAUCACGUGGAAUUCCUGCCUAUGGCUUAGAUGGCGAUAACAUAAGAACUGGUCUCAAUAAGAAUCUCGGAUUCACACCAUCCGAUCGUGAGGAAAAUAUUCGACGGGUGGGUGAAGUGGCUAAACUGUUUGCCGACAGCGGAGUGGUCGCCAUAUGUAGUUUUGUUUCGCCAUUUAGUGAUGAUCGAGCUAUGGCGAGAAAAAUUCACAAAGAUGCUGAUUUAAAAUUCUAUGAAAUAUUUGUUGACACCCCACUGGCAGUUUGUGAAUCGAGGGAUGUUAAAGGCUUAUACAAGAAAGCUCGAGAAGGAACCAUCAAAGGAUUCACAGGCGUCACUCAGGAAUACGAAAGACCAGAUAAGCCAGAUUUAGUUGUGAAUACUGACGGAUUCACCAUCAAGGAAUCAACAAAAAAAGUUGUUCAACUUCUCGAAGACGAAGGAAUUAUACCCAAGGCACUUAGAGAAAUUCAACAGCUUCCAGAAUUAUUUGUAGAUAGCAGUUUAAAAGAAGCAUUUUUACAUGAAACCAAAUCACUUCCAAAGAUUCCUAUAACCUCUGUAGAGCUGCAAUGGGUGCAAAUACUCUCCGAAGGUUGGGCAUUCCCAUUGAAGGGCUUUAUGCGAGAAAACGAAUACCUGCAGGCAUUGCAUUUUAAUACUAUUUUAAGUGAUGAUGGUGCAUUUCGGGAUAAUCAAUCAGUGCCUAUAGUUUUGUCUGUAAGUGCUGAAGCUAAAGAUAAACUUGAAGGUGUCAGUGCAGUUACUUUAACUUACAACGAUAAGCCAGUUGCAAUUAUGAGAAAACCAGAAUUCUUCCUUCAUCGCAAAGAAGAACGUCUUUCCAGACAAUUUGGAACAAGUAAUCCCCUUCAUCCUUAUAGUAAAAUGGUUUAUGAAUCCGGUGAGUAUCUGGUGGGUGGUGAAUUAGAAGUUUACGAACGCAUCAAAUGGAACGAUGGCUUGGAUCAGUAUCGUCUCACGCCAAACGAGCUUCGAGUGCAGUUCAAGAAUCUCAAUGCCGAUGCAAUUUUUGCCUUCCAACUCCGUAAUCCUAUUCAUAAUGGUCAUGCUUUGCUCAUGCAAGACACGAAGAGACAACUUCUGGAAAGAGGUUUUAAGAGACCCGUGUUACUACUACACCCGCUGGGCGGUUGGACGAAAGACGAUGAUGUUCCUUUGGAUGUGCGAAUGGCGCAACAUCAAGCUGUGCUUGAUUCAGGUGCACUUAAGCGGGAGGAUACCAUUUUGGCGAUAUUCCCCUCACCAAUGAUGUAUGCUGGACCGACUGAAGUUCAAUGGCAUGCCAAAGCACGAAUGAACGCUGGUGCGAACUUUUAUAUUGUUGGGCGAGAUCCAGCAGGUAUGCCACAUCCAGACAAAAAUAUGUAUGCCGAUGGUAAUCUUUAUGACGGCACUCAUGGAGCGAAGGUUUUAAAAAUGGCACAAGGACUCGAUAGUUUAGAGAUUUUACCAUUCCGCGUUGCUGCUUACGACAAAUCCUCAUCGAAAAUGGCCUUUUUUGAUCCAUCUCGAAAAGAUGAUUUUGAAUUUAUCUCAGGAACAAAAAUGCGUACACUAGCCAGAACAGGAGAGUUGCCUCCAGAUGGUUUUAUGGAACCGAAAGCAUGGAAAAUACUUGCAGAAUUUUAUCAAUCUAUUAUUAAGAAUUAAAUAGUUGUUAAUUAUUAUAAAAUAAGUUUAUAUUGUUUUCUAUAGGCAAAAACUUAAUUCAAUAUUAAAAUUGAAAUUAAAUCGCCCACCUUAA